AUGAGUAAACAUGAGGAUAGUAGAGACUUCGAAGACAGAUACACAGCAUGCUUCGUUGAUUUUGGAAUGAAAAUAUGCACCGGUCUCCUGAUUGGCAGUUUAUUGGGUGGAUUCUUUCUUCGCGGCUACAAGAAGUGGCCAAUGUACAUCGGUGGGGGAUUGGGCUUCGGUAUGGCUUACAGUAACUGUGAAAAUAGCUUGAACAACUACCUACUAGCUACGGAUCCGAAAAUCUGUGUUUUAAAGUAA